AGGCUUUCCUUUUUGUUAAUUUAUGAUGAGGUUUAGAGUGGAAGUAGACUGAUCAAAAAUUGCUGUAAGCUUCAAACUUAAUUUCCAUUCAUAGCUAAUUUUCUUAUUAACUCUUUCAUUUCAAUGGAAAACAAGAAGAUGAUGAAGAAAACAACAGAUGAGCAGUCCAUGCUACUUGGCUGUAAGCUCUACAUAUCUGAAUCAAGAAACCUGGCUGCCCUUGACUCAAUCGAACGAGCAGCAGCACUGCACCAGGAGACCGUGAUAAUGGAGAAAUUUGAAGAUCGUGUGUAUAAUCGUGUUCGGUAUACUCUUGUGUCGUAUGUGAUUCAUGACAGUAGCACAGACAGUCCAAUCUAUAGCCCAUUGCAACAAACUGUCCUUGCUAUGGUUGAGGCUGCCUUCCAAGCCAUAAACCUAGAACAUCACUCUGGAGCGCACCCUACACUCGGUGUUGUUGACGAUAUCUGUUUUCAUCCCCUUGGCCGAGAAAAGUUGGAAGAAGCAGCUUGGCUUGCCAAAUUGGUAGCAAGAGAUGUAAGCAAUCAACUCCAAGUGCCAGUAUUUCUCUAUGAAGCAGCACACCCAACAGGCAAGACCCUCGACACCAUCCGUCGUGAUCUAGGGUAUUUCCGUCCAAAUUACAUGGGAAGCCAAUGGGCAGGAUGGGCAUUGCCAGAAGUUCUCAACGAGAAUCCUGAUGAGGGUCCAACUCAAGUACCUCGAGCUAGAGGCAUUGUAAUAAUUGGUGCAAGUCCAUGGGUUCGAACAUUCAAUGUGCCGAUCAUGUCUACGGAUGUAUCAAUGACGCGAAGAAUUUCUCGAAAAGUGAGUGCUCGGGGUGGUGGGCUUCCUACUGUCCAAGCUAUUGGUCUUGUUCAUGGCGAGGAUUCGACUGAGAUAGCGUGCUACCUCUUGGAACCAAACAGGGUCGGAGCUGAUCGUGUGCAGAACCAGAUUGGUCUUCUUGCUGCUGAGGAAGGAUUGGAUGUUGAGACGGGUUAUUUUACCGAUUAUUCACCAGAAAUGAUUCUUGAGAAGUAUAAGAAAUUAGUAUCCACAAAUCAAUAAUUAAGAAUAAAACUCAAGUACUUCACCUCAAACUCCGUAACCAUCCCUGAAAAUUAUGUAAAUUGUUAAAAUAAAGGAGUGUAAUGUUUGUGCGCAUCAUA